UUAACUAGAUUUGCAACAACCCAUGAGAGGUCAUAAAAGAUAUUUUCCUUUUACUUCAGGUGACUUUGAAUCCAAAAGAACACGCAAUGCAAAGAUAAUAACUUUGCCACCCGAUUGGGCAACACCUUUGUCCACUCAUCGAUGUUCAUAUAGAGACCCAAAAUCAAUUAUGAAGUUGUCUAUUGAGCCACCUAGAUUUUCCUACAAAGACAACUUGAUUCCCAAUGAGACGGAGCGGAGGAUUCUCAAAGUCAGAACGGGCGAGUCAGACUAUAUGGCCAAUUGCGGCGCGUUGGGAGAGUUCAUCAUCCGAGAAAAACUGCACGGCGAAGGAAGACCAAAGGCCAUGUCCCUGUGGGAGGUGAAGAGACGUCUAGCCCUACUGGACCAAGGAGUCAUUCAGGAGGACUGACCCAUUAGGACCCAACAAGGUCAUUGAACAUACUACUAGUUCCCCUUUGUUUAUGCUAUUCUUUAUCACUAUAUUGAGCACACACAAGACAAUUUUUAGUGACAAUUUAUUUCUGGAGCCUCAGACUUUUCACAUUUGACGGUACAAAUUAUU